CUUUGUUUGAUCAUGGCAGCCAAUAAGGGUAAGGACCCGCAGCAAAAUGUAGCUGAGGAACAACUGCUGCAACAAGUAGACAAGCUACAACUGAUCGCCCGCCUGCUCGCUUUCCGUGCGUGCAAGUCAGAAGAGUCGAACCGAAAAUGUGAAACCACUCUUAAAAAGGUGCAACAAACGAAAAAUCAGUUGAAACAACAAUCAACUGAACUCAUCGACGACAUGGAACAUGUUAUCCUUUCGAUUGUGACGUCUCUGAAGGCUUUUCAAGCAGAAGCCAGAGCAACGCUGUUCAGCUUACAGACACAACUACAAAAUUCGGAGAAGGAGCUUCACGACGCAAAGGUUACUAUUAAACAGUUGACUGAGAGAGUCGAAUUUUUGGAGCAGUUGGUGGCCGAGAACAAACGACAAUUCGAAGUCAAUCUGCAGGCUAUCCAUGUGACAUACAUAAACGUGCUGGAAAGCGUGUUUGAAAAGCUGCAGGAAUAUAUGUUGAAAGACCUUUCGUCCUUGGAAAGUAUCAAUGACGAACUUCAUAUCAAGUACACUAAUGCAUUCAAGCAAUUGGGAUUGCAGUGCACAUUCCACGAGAUUUAG